UAAAAAACCAAAAAAUAAAAAAAGAGUAUUGACAGCGCAAGUUCUGAACCUGUAUUCUCGUAUUAUUAACUUUUGCACUCACUCACUGUGCCAUAGGGCAUUGAUCUAUAACACGUCUUUCUUUGUAUCGUAUAACAUACGUUUUAUUUAAAUUUUAAGUAUAAAAAUAUAUUACAAGACGUAUUGACAGACAAAAAGUUUCUAUAGGGCUUAACUAUAUUCAGAGUAGAUUUAUUAUAAAAAAUGGAAUCAAAAUCGGUGAAGAGUCAACCGCGACUUUCCUUGUUAGUGAUUAACACGGAUACUUUACCGAAUGAGAUCGAAGCAUUCUUUCUUCUUCAUUUUGUCGUUUACGUCGAUACCAUUGCGUACACCGAGGAAUAUUCUUAUUUAAGAACAAAUAGCGCUUAUAACGCCCCAUUGGAAAUUUUUAUAUCUUCACAAUUAUUUAAAAUAUUGUGGACCAGAGGGAUUACAUUUGUGAUACACACGUUCCUGCGACCGCGCUCGUUACCAAGUCCUGCGCUCUUUCAUUUAUUAUGAACGUUGUUGACGCGUUGCUAAGAAAGAUGCUUAUAGCGCUGAAAACGUCAAAGCGAACGCAGUUUAUAUCCGUGACUUCAGUAAUAAUAUGAAUACGUCUAAUUGGUUCGCGUAUGUGAAAUAUAAAGAUAAUGAAAAAGAAAAAGUGCCAAUAAGUAAAAUAAGUGAUGUUAAUGACAAAGGAGAGAAGAUUUAAUUUCAGCCUGAGGAUCUAAAUGAUUAUGUGUAUGGCAAAUUGUAUUCGGUCCGAACAAGUCUACGCAGCAAAAAUGGCAAAGAAUCAAAAUAUUAUGCCGUUAUUGGCAAACUGGCAGAGUCUUUAGAAGCCCUGGAUAAUGUGAGACCUAGAUGGCCAGACCUGCAAAUUGACGAAAAAGAACCUGAAUCCACGGGAGUAGAAGAUCAGGAAAAGAACGAGCAAGUAAAUUAUUUUAUCAAAAAAAAUAAAGAUCAAGAGAAAAUCACGAAAAAUAGAAAACAACGUGCCUCAAAUAAGGAAUUCGAAUUAUUUAUUGAGAAUAAUUUAUUGCAAGAAAAAAUUCCCGAAACAGAUGUUUCAAUUGAACCAGCGAAAAAAAAAAAAGAAAAAAAGCAAAAGAUAUGAUGGAGAUAAUACUCAAGCAGAGAGUGAAAACUAUGAAUUUGUUAACAGAGAUUCGAUCGAGACGAAAUCUCUUCUAGAACAAAUUCAGCAAUUAAAGGCUGAGCUGAAAAAAAAGAUGAAAUUUCCUUUGCUAACAAUCAGCAAGUUGAGCAUAUAGAGAGAAUUUUUGAUAAGAAAAUGAUGAAAUUAGAAGAAAGAUUGGAAAAAAAUUUAGAAAAGAAAAUUAAAGUAAUUAAAGAUAUGAUUGGAGAAAGCGUUGAUCAACUUGACCAAAAAAUAUCAAAUAUCGAGAACCUAAUGAAAAUACAUGUGCCUUCUACACUCACUUCGAGCAGUAUGGCUCCUGAAUCGGAGGAAAAGGUACAUCUUGGUGAGGGAAUUAUGUGUUCCAAAUAUGCCUAUCAUGUUCUGAGUACGGUUAAGGAACAUUCUGAUUGGGCUGUAGCAUUCCUUACCGGAAUCUACGGUGAUAAGGCUUGGAAUAUGAGAUAUGGGAAGCCUAGGAGCUCAGACUUGGAAUCCUUUUCACAUUCGUUUGUAAAUGUUGCCAAAUAUCAUUACAGAAAGUGGCUUGAAAAUUUUUCGAUUGGGGGUACUGAAGAUCGUAAAUACAGUUCUGCCCAAAUCGAAGAUUUGAUCAAUAGCCUCCCAACAUAUCUUUCGAAAAGAUGUAUUGACAUGAACGGAUCGCGUAUAAAAAAGAACGAUACCUCUAGUAAACAAUUGCAACAAAGAUCUGAUUCGAAAAGACAAUAUAAAAGAAGGGGCUCUUUGCAACAACUUCAGCCAUCAAUAAGAACCCAGCAAUUGCAACCUGACCAAGAGCCACUACAAGAGCAGAUACAAAAUCAACAGCAGUUACAAAACCAACAGCAGUUAAACACACCGGAAACUAACUAUUUAAGCUGGCAGAUUCCCUAUGACACGUACGGGAAUGGGCCGCAGGGCCUAGUAGCAGUCCCAGUUAUUUCUACUUCUAUGUCAAAUAAUUUUGAAAUCGGGCAUAACACUUUGAGGUUGUAAAGGCUCCUGGUACCUCGCCGACCAUGUCAGAAUCGUGACGUCAGAGGCGAGAAAACACGCUGAGAUUUUUUAGAUGCCAUUUCAAAAUAAAAAAUAUUCCGAUGAAACCACUUUAGAUAGCUUGGCACACUCUAAACUCCGAAAACUAUCUUUUUCCCUUUAUAAUCAAUCAACAGCUGUAAAAUUAUCGUAAUACAAGCCCCAGUCUGGGUUGUCUUUGUUGCAAUCGUUUACUUCAGGUAUCGCUUUUCUUUACACGUGAUCCAUUAUUCAUAUCAAUACACCUUUUCGAAAGAUAUGUUAAGAGGCUAUUGAUCAAAUCUUCUAUUUAGGCAGAACUGUAUUUACCGUCUUCAGUAUUCCCAAUCGAAAAAUUUUCAAGCCACUUUCUGUAAUGAUCUGCUGGGCUAAGUUCGUCUGAUUUUUGCACAUGCGCAGUCAUUCCGCAUGUCAAAGUCUGAUCACGAUAAUUUUACUAUUGUUGAUUGACUGUCAAGGGAAAAGAAUAGUUUUCAAAGUUUUUUUAAAAGUGUGCCAAAGCCAUCUAAAGUGCCGUUUCAUCGAAAUAUUUUUUUAUUUUGAGAUGGCAUCUAAGAAAUCUCAGUGUGUAUUUUCUCGCCUCUGAUGUCACAAUCCAAUAUGACCGCCAUAAGCACCCAGGAACCUUAAGAAGCAAAUAAUUUUAAAACUAAAAUAUAUGUAAGUAAUAAAUAUAAUUUUGA